GUCUAUUGAUUUAAAAGAUCACAUUAGCCUUGGAACGCUUGUGACAGAGUCAUAAGAAUAGUAAUUUUCCCGGUCAUCUUAUUGCGCUCAGGAGAUGUCAUAAAUAUCAUUGGUAGCACUGCUAGUUCAGUAAGCAUAUCUGACGCGUGCCUGCCCAAUUAACUGCUUUCCCCAUGUCCUGCGAGAGUCGUCCUUUUGUGUACAUCACACGGACCGAGACGUUCAGUGCAAGUCAUCGCCUGCACAACCCUACUCUCACAAACCAGAAGAACCAAGAGCUGUUCGGAAGGUGCAACAACAAAAAUGGACAUGGUCAUAACUAUAAAGUGAGCGUCACGGUGGCCUCAACUGUCGAUGGCACGACUGGGAUGGUCAUCAACCUCGUCACUUUGAAGGGGAAGAUCGAAGAGGUACUCGGCAAGCUGGAUCACAAGAAUCUUGAUAUGGACGUGGCGUAUUUUAAGACGGUCGUUAGCACAGCUGAAAACGUCGCCAUCUACAUCUACGACCAGUUGAAACCCCUGCUGCCUGAUGGAAGUUUGUAUGAAGUUCGACUUAUUGAGUCAGAGACUGAUGCUGCAGUGUACAGAGGAGAGAUGAGAGAGGUGUAAGGUCGUACAAACUGAGUAGUAGUAGUAGCAUGUCAUUUAAGAAAUAAAAAUAUUCUUUGCA